AUGCGCGCGAUGAUGCGAUUAGAGAGGCUGGUGGUGGAGGAGUGCUGCGAGCUGGUGGCUCUGCGCCUGCCGGUCGGGGAGGGCGUAGGCUGCGCGUCCUUGCGCGCCCUCCCCGCUUCCCUGACUGCCCUGGCUGAGCUAGAGCGGCUGGUGGUAACCAGAUGCACCGCGUUACAGUGGGCGCCGGGGAACGUGGCUCAUAUGCAGGGGCUGCGGGAGUUGAGGCCGGAUGGGUGCAGAACGGUGCUGCUGCCGUCGUCGCUGGUGUGCUUGGGGCGGCUGGAUAGGCUGAUUGUAAUGGGUGAGGUGGGGGAGGGGAUGGGGAUGGCGAUGGGGGACAUUAAUGGUAGCAUGGAUGGCGGCGGCAGCACCAGCAGCGGGUGUGUUACAACCAUGGAAGGUGCUGCUGAUAGGUGUAGCACUCGAGUUAGUGGCAGUAUAGAUGGUGCUGCCAUGGUUGCAGACACACUAAGCAAGGGCGGCAGCUCCAAGGGCUCUGCUGCUGCUGCUGCUGCUGCUGCUAGCAAAGCCGCUGCUGGUGGUGGUGGGGGUGGCGGGGGUGAAAGAGGGGCUGCAGCCCUUCUCCUCCUUCCUCCCCUCGCCGCCCCUCGCUCUCCCCCCCGGCAUGGGCCAGCUGGCGCAGCUGAGCUUGCCUCCUUGCCUGACCUCCCAUGUGGUGCAGUUGCUGCUGGUACUGAUUCCUCUUGCUGCUGUGGUUGCCCCUCCUCCUCCUCCUCCUCCUCCUCCUCCUCCUCCUCCUCCUCCUCCUCCUCCUCCUCCUCUUGCUCCUCCUCCUCCUUCAAAACCCCUUCUCCCACUGCCCUUAACGGUACUUUCUUCCUCCACCUCACCAACCUGAGAGACCUGCAGCUCGACUCCUGCCUCUCCCUUUCCUCCCUCCCUGCCUCCCUCUCCUCUCUCUCUCCUCCCUCAACCGCCUCCACCUCGCCUUCUGCUCCUCCCUCUCCGCCCUCCCGCCACGCCUCUCCUCCCUCGCCCACCUCCGCUCCCUCAACCUCCAAGAGUGCAUCUCCCUCACCUCCCUCCUCCCCUCCCUCUCCUCACUUAUUUGGAAGGGCUUUACCUCAAGGGCUGCAUCCAGCUGAAAAGCCUUCCAGGCGAUAUUG